UGUUGGUGUUUUACCAGCGUGGCAUAUAAUUUAUCACAUUUAUCCCCACCACACAACACAAAGUUAUCAUUCUUCUCAAAUAAUCUUUAUAAGAGCAGUUUUUUUAGGAGAAACAGACUUUUGAUCUUCAUGACUGGUCGGUGAAUGGUGAUUCAAUGAAUCUCUUUCUGUUUCUGCCUUAUUUACUGCUCCUCGCAGUAAUUUCUUGCGAGCUUCCGAAAAAGCCAGAUGUGGACAAACUUUUCAAGGAUGGCCAAUCAGCGACGCAAUUAAUCAAGGGCAACGGCGAGUUAAUCGUCCUCGUCGGCGUCACUGGCACAGGUAAAAGCACCUUGUCCAAAUUUCUGCGGAAGGAUGAAACGUUGACGGUCGUCGAAAAUGAGCAGAUGGACUGCAUUUUUACCGAUAACGAAACUCGAAUCGGCAGCUUGGACAGCAUGACAUCCAAAACCUUUUUCCCAAAUACUGACCUCGACCUUCAAACUGGACUCCCGAUCGUUGACAUGGCCGGUUUUCGGGACACGCGCAGCGCCGAGUAUGACUUGGUCGCCGCAUUUUUUAACAAAAAAAUUUUGGAUGGUGCGAAAAAGAUGAAAAUUGUAAUCGUAGAAAAUUAUUCCAACGUUUUGCUCAAUAAUGACCGCUUGGCGUUUAUCACAACAUUUAGGCACUUGGCCCAUCUUUUGAAAGGAAACAUCGAGUCGUUUGGGGAAUCAAUCAGCUUGGUCGUGACCAAAGUUUACGAGCGGAAAAAUGAUGUUCAAACAAUUAGAGCAAUUAAAGUUUUCCUCGGAAAGACCGAAGAGCACUUGAACCAACAGAUGAUUAGUUUGGAUAAAAAUGACAAUUCCUCAAUGGCUAGUUUGAGGGACCAAAUAUUGCUUGUGCAUUACGUAAGAGAAAAAGGAAGCAUUGCCAUUUUCCGUCGGCCUGACGAAGUUCAGUCGCCGUGGCAAUCAGAGCCUCUUAGAAAAAAUUACGAAGACAUUCGGAAUCUUAUUUUCAACCGAUUGAAUUUCUCUAAAAGUUUCAGCAAAGAUUUUGAAGUCUCAGUUGCACCCGAAACUGUGAUUUACAUCAGAGACAAUCUGAUCACCACAUCUAGAGCUAAAGUAGACCGACUGUUUAAAAUGCAAUACGAAAAACUGGCCGAUAAUUUUGACGUGAGAUUAGAAUAUCGUUUCAAUCGGAUUGAAGAUAAAGUUGAUUCCGACAUAAAAUACUGCAACAACCUUUUGGAAUUUCAGCGCAGCAUUGACAAUUUUAAUGAGCUAGAAGCUUUAAACCAAAAUUUGACGGUCCGUCUUGAGUUUCAAGACGAGCUGGAAUUGGAAACGCAGAAAUUGUUGUUUUUUUACCAAGUCGCCGAGCAGCAGAACUUAGCAAAAAUUUCAGCAGAAAUUGAUAACAUGCUCGGCCGGAAACAAAUAUUUUAUGCCGAUGUACAAAAUGCGCAUAAUUUCAUGAAAUUCUUGCAAAGCUUGAUGGCAGACUUUGAAUUGUAUUCGGUCCAGUCAUCCGUACCUUCAAAUUGGUAUAAAUACCAAUCAAACUUGACCCUUUUCAUAAACUACUUAUGUAGUUUAGGCUUUAGCUACAAGCCAAUUCAGCUCUCGGCAGGUCUGAUCGAUGGAAAAUUGGAACUCGCAUCUAUUUUGAGAGAUGUCAUUGACGAGUUCAAACCUCAGCUUGAAAAUUUCACUGUGGAUGGAAAUACAAUAAUUUUUAGUGGAAAAAACGUCGUCCUGAGCCGAAUCUCUGAAACAAUUUCUAAAUACAACAGAAAAACCCAUCAGAUCGUAAUUAUUGCCACAAAAAAACUAUUCAUCGACUGUGACCUCAGCCUGCAGGAUACGCACUUGGCAAUGAUUGCACCGGUAAUUGAAGUUGUGGAAAAAGAAAGAACCAUCAAGCUCACCGGAUCAUCAGGCAACCCAUUUGAUAAACCAGCGGAUUCUAAUAUUUCUGGCCUUUCAGGAGCCAACGGUCAAAAUGGAAACGAUGGUUUUAGUUCUGGAGAAUUGAAAAUUAUGGCUUUGGAGGUAAAAAAUGUUUACUGGCUUUUUGUCAAAAGCACAGGAGGUUCCGGAAGCGAUGGACAAUCAGGAGGAAACGGUUUCAGUUCAAAUAGCGUCUCCUAUCCCAACGACUUGUCGAGUUUUUUUAAUUAUGGUAUCUAUCGCGAAUUUGGUGUGGACCGUCUGAUAGGAUAUCAAUAUCACUUGAACGUUCGAUCGUCAGAAGGAACAAAAUUCAUCAGAGCCGAAGCUCGAGGCAAUGGUACCGCGUCCAACGGUGGAAACGGGGGAAAUGGCGGCGCCGCAAGUGGCGCCGGUUCUAUUGACUUUCUCCUUCGCCGGCCGGAAGAAAUCAGAGUGAGUAGCAAGUAUGGAGCGGCUGGUUUCGGUGGAAAGGGAGGCUUAGCUGGAGAGUGGCAUUGCCUUUUUAAGGAAUUCAUUUGCAAAAGAGAAGAGUUUAAGUUUUUCCUCCAGAAAUCGAAGAUCAGAUUCCAUUGUCAUACCGAUUCUAUUGGAUAUUGCGGCAGUGUGGCGGAAAAUGGCAGCAAUGGAGAGGCGGGAGGGUUUAUUCCAACAAGGUACAAAUUCAGUCAUUUAGGACUGCGCCAGCUCGUGACCUUCUUCUGGAGUGCAGCUAGUAAAAUAUACGUAAAAGCAGAAUUUUAUCCAAAGGAGACCGAAGAACUUUGGAAAUUUAUCAGCUUCACAAACGGUCAAUGAUUUUGCAUCUGAUAAUUUUCAAUAAGCCCAAGGAAAAGGCCAAAGGGACGCAAAUUUUUAGAGAGAAAUUCAUCCGAAAGGUUUCACGUCUCACAAGCUUUUGAAACAGAAUAUUUGUUAAAAGCUUCGGGUAAAUUUAUAUAUUUUAAAAAAUAAAAAAUAUGAUCUGGUGUAUUCUCUGCAUGCAUUUCUGGUUUUAUCAAAUCUCUUGUAUAAGUUCUUUGGUUU